CAAAUCGUUUGUAGUUUCGGACAAAGCAGGUGGCGGGAUGUAAAGGCGAAUAAAGAAGGACAGAAUGGUAUUUCACUGAAAUUUCAUUUAUUUAAACACCAUGUUUGUCGCGCGAAGCAUUCCGGCCGACCACAAAGAUCUCAUCCACGAUGUGGCUUUUGAUUUUCACGGCCGGCGAAUGGCAACAUGUUCAAGUGAUCAAAACGUGAAGGUUUGGGAUUUAGGAGAAGAUGGACACUGGACGUGCACUGCUAACUGGAAGACCCACAGUGGCUCUGUCUGGAAGGUCACCUGGGCCCAUCCUGAGUUUGGUCAAGUGAUAGCAACCUGCUCAUUUGAUAGGACAGCAGCAGUGUGGGAGGAGCUAGUUGGAGAAUCUACAGAACAUGGGCAGAAGAACUGGGUCAAGAGGACCAGUCUGGUGGACAGCAGAACCUCCGUCACAGAUGUCCAGUUUGCUCCCAAACACUUGGGGCUACAGUUGGCCACAUGUUCAGCUGAUGGUAUUGUUCGGAUUUAUGAAGCACCUGAUGUGAUGAACCUCAGUCAGUGGUCGUUACAACACGAGAUAUCCUGUAAACUCAGCUGUAGCUGUAUAUCAUGGAACCCUUCCAGGGUUCACCAGCCAAUGAUUGCUGUAGGAAGCGAUGAUGCAAAUCCAUCAGGGGGUGGAAAAGUACAAAUAUACGAGUACAAUGAUAAUUCAAGGAAGUGGAGUAAAGUUGAGACAAUCACCGUGGUAACAGAGUCAGUGAAGGACAUCCAGUUUGCACCCAAUUUAGGCAGAUCUUACCACUUAUUAGGGAUAGCCUCCAAAGAUGUCAGGAUUAUUUCCCUCAAGCCACUCAGGAGAGACCAGUCUUCAACCCAAACUUCAGGCCACAGUAAAUUUGACUUGCGUCAGGUGGCACAGUUUGAUGAACACAAUGCACAGGUAUGGCGACUUAGCUGGAAUGUGACAGGCACAGUGCUGGCAUCUAGUGGUGAUGAUGGUUGUGUAAGAUUAUGGAAGGCAAACUAUUUGGACAACUGGAAGUGUAUAUCAGUCCUGAAGGGUGAUGGUUCUAACGUGAAACUGCAGGAAUCAAGUCAAGUGCAACAGCAACAGCAGACAUUAAGUGGCGGUGCUAUGAAUGGAACAUCAAGCUGUUUGUACCAAAAUAAAGUGUAUCCCAUUGUCCCCCAGGGCAAGCCCCCCUGCCAUUAAAUAUCAAACGCAACUCCGGUUGGGCAUACUUCAAUACCAAGAAGGACCAAGGCAAACACUACUACUGACUUUUCCAAAACUCAAGAAAUGCAAGUUCUACAAAAGCAAUCAAGAUGGUAAACCAGUGUCAUAUCAAAGUGAUCUACCAAGAGCUGAUUAAGGUCAUGCCACCAAAUUAAUGGAGCAAAGGAACAUUAUGGAGGAGCCUAGUUUGUCUAAAUGUGGUGCUGUCAACCCUGUAUGUAUGACAAUGUUGUUAUUUACAGUAUGAUAACACAAAAAUGGAGUAAAAAUGGAUGGAACUCACGUCAUUCAAGGAAACAGAAUGGUCAUAAAGGAUAAACUUGACUUCCCAAUGCUGUCAGUCUGUAGUUGCUAACACCAAAUUCAGUGACUUAAUUUUUGCUUUACUUAUAAAGACUUUUUUAUCAAAGAGGAAAAAUUUCAUCCAUGAAAAGUUACUGAAUUGGGUUGGCAGCUAUGUUACUGUGGGUUGAUACAGGAAGAAGUCGUAUUCAGGAGGGUUAUCAACCAUCCCAUAUCUUAAUCAGGGAUACUCUGUAAGUCUUACUUAUCCCCCUACCCGCCAAAAGUAAUAAUAACAUUUUUACAGUUACACUGUGUUACACACAAGUUGGAUAACAUCCAUCUUUUAAGGCACUCCAAGAUUGUGUAACUUAGAGACAAUCUUGUCUACAAAAUGAGUGACUUGCUUUGAAUUGUGGUAAGGUUUUAAUAUUUAUUUUUGAAGACGGCUGGCAAAAGAUCUGAAGCUCAUUUUACUAGAAGUGAAUAUUGGUUUACAACACAAAACUGACCCAUUUUCUUUUGUGGCUUGGAUGGUUGAUUCUGAGAGGAAGAUAAGAAAACAAAUGCACAGCUUACAGUAAAUGUUUUGCAACGGAAUAUGUUUGAAUGCUUGAUACCUUCCAAGCAAUGGAAGGCAGAAUCUGGAGAUUCGGCUUCGAAAAUACCUAUGUCAUGGUCAUACUGGAUCUUUCAUGCAAAGAAGCCACAUAAUUUGAUUUUAUCAGACAAUUUACAUAAAAUAUGAUAUUGUUUUGUGUGAUAUGUUUGAGGAAAUUUUAGGUUUUAAUAUGAACAGAGGAUACUACAGUGAAGAAAAAAUAUCAUGUAGGUAUGAAAAUGAAGUGUAACAGUUUAAACUGUCUCUGUAGGUAAAGCUAUCCCAAGUCUUUCAGUUCUUAAUUGUAAUAAAUAUAAUUUUAACACUGA